AAUAGCGUGUUCCUUUUCGGACUUUUAAAGUGAAAGUGGUGAGUUUUUGUGUGCGUGAAUAUGAAAGUAAAAAUGGCACCUGCGUUCGCAAAUGUCGUUUAUGCCGGUAUGUCUAAUGUGAAAUUGAAUGGUGUUGGAGUGAAUUGUAUAGUUGAAGAAAAUCCGACGUGGUGGAAAAGACGGACGAGUUUGGAACGAUGUCUCACGCUGACCACCGCGGUGGUUUUAAUCAUAGGAAUCUCACUAGUUGUAGCUUUAGGAACUGUUUUAUAUAAUAGGAAUAAAAUUGUUGCAAAUACACAUUUUACAGCAGAAGCGUUACAAGGACGAGAAACGUUCGUCAUAAAUGCUCCAGAAGACGACGAUAGAUCCGAAAAGAAGUUAUGUCUCACCCCCGGAUGUAUACAUACAGCCUCCAGGGUUUUGGAAUACAUGGAUCAAUCAGUAGAUCCCUGCGACGAUUUUUACGAGUUCACUUGCGGAAAUUUCAUUAAGAAAACUAAUAUUCCCGAUGAUAAGUCUUCUGUGACUUCAUUCAGUAUUAUCAGUGAUACUCUUCAAGAGCAGCUCAGAUCCAUGAUCGAAGAACCUAUUCAACCCAAUGAACCUAAACCCUUUCAGUUGACUAAGAAACUAUAUAGGGCCUGCAUGAAUAAGACUUUAAUAGAGAAAGAUGGUUUGAAGACCAUUCAUAGAAUCUUAAAAGAUCUUGGAGGUUGGCCUGCCUUAGAAGGAGAAAACUGGAGAGAGGGUGAUUUUGACUGGAGAGAGUCAGUCUAUAAGUUCAGACGAGCGGGUUACAGUGUAGACUAUUUUCUUGACUUUUCCGUUGGAAUUGACGUGAAGAAUUCAACUAAAAGGAUUAUUGAUCUGGAUCAAGCCUCCUUAGGCCUAAGAAGAGAAUUCUUAAUAAAAGGAAUGGAUGAUAAGCUUGUAAAAGCUUAUUACGAAUACAUGGUGGACAUUGCUGUCCUCUUUGGAGCUAAUAGAGAUAGAGCUACAAAAGAGCUAAAAGAAUCUUUGGAAUUUGAGAUGAAGUUGGCUAAUAUUUCUCUUCCGAGCGAAAAACGUAGAAACGCCACAGCCAUGUACAACCCCAUGACCAUUGAGGAGCUCCAACAAAAAUUCCCAAGCAUCCCUUGGACCCAGUAUAUCAAUAACUUACUCGCCCCUGAUACCCAAGUUAAACAUGAUGAGGUGGUGGUGGUAGCAGUUCCAAAAUUCAUCUCAGACUUCGAAGCUUUAAUAGCCAGAACCCCAAAACGUGUUCAAGCCAAUUAUGUGAUGUGGAGGGCAGCCGCUUCUUCGGUAGCUUACCUAAAUGACGAUCUGCGCAAAAGACAACUGGAUUACACUACUGUGGUAACUGGAAGAACCGAGAGGGAAUCCAGAUGGAAGGAGUGCAUUGAUGUGUCUGCUGGAAGUAUGUCUAUUGCUGCUGGAGCAUUGUACGUGCGCAAGUAUUUUAAUGAAGAAGCCAGACAGAAUGCGAAGGAAAUGGUUUCAGAUAUCCGAUCAGAGUUUCAAAAUAUCUUAAAGAAAGUUGACUGGAUGGACGAGAAGACUAGACAAAAUGCUCUGGAUAAAGCGAAGUCAAUGUCCACGCAUAUCGGUUAUCCUGAUGAGAUGUUAAGCGAUAAGAAGCUUGAAGAGUUUUAUGGAGACCUUGAGUUAGAUGAGAACCAAUAUCUCCCAUCAAUUUUAAAUCUGACCCUCUUUGGCACCAGGUUUUCCUUCAGGAGAUUACGUCAGCCAGUAAAUAAAACUGACUGGAUUACUCAUGGAAGGCCCGCUGUUGUUAACGCUUUUUAUUCAGCCAUUGAAAACAGUAUUCAAUUCCCAGCUGGUAUCCUCCAAGGGGUGUUCUUCAGUGCUGACCGCCCUAGAUACAUGAACUACGGUGCCAUCGGAUUCGUCAUUGGCCACGAAAUCACUCACGGUUUCGACGAUCAAGGUAGACAGUUUGAUAAGGAGGGUAACUUGGUCGACUGGUGGGAGGCACAGACCAAAAAAGCUUUCGUUGAAAAAGCUCAAUGUAUUAUUGAUCAAUAUGGAAAUUACACCGUUCCUGAGCUGAACUUGAACCUGAACGGGGUGAACACCCAAGGAGAGAACAUCGCCGAUAUCGGAGGAAUUAAAGAGUCUUACCUCGCUUACCGCAAGUGGAUCGAACGUAAUGGGGAAGAGGCUUACCUGCCCGGAUUAAAAUACAACGGGAGGCAAAUGUUCUGGGUAUCUGCAGCGAGCAUUUGGUGCUCGGUGACCAGAGAUGAGGAGUUGAGGCAACUAGUGGUUACCGAUGAGCACGCCCCUGAUAAGUACAGGGUGGUAGUGCCAAUGAGUGAUAUGCAGUACUUUGCUGACGACUUUAAAUGUCCAAGGGGGUCGAAGAUGAAUCCGGUUCAUAAGUGUAAUGUGUGGUAAAGAAUGUGUCUUGUGUGUAAGGGUGUGUAAAUGAGGUUCAGAAUAUCCAAGGAGGUUUGCUUGAGGGAGAAAGGGGUUUUAAGGGUAGUUGGGAUAUAUAUGAGAGGAGUUAAAAUCAGUUUCUUGUAACAUCGUGGUUUUUUAUGAAUUUUACUAUUUCAAGCAUCGAUUUGUUGUUGGAGAGGAUGUUUGAUGAUGUGUUGUCUAAGCUAGCAGAUGCUUUUCUAAUUUUUCAUUCAAAGACAUUCUUUGAAGCUUAAGUUUCCUAGGUCUAAUAUCGGCUUGUUGCGUGUACAAAAAGUUCUAGUAAGUCUUGGCUACGCAUAAAGUGAUACCGAUAAUGUGUUAAAAUAAUUGUUCUAUUCUAUUGUAUCUAUAUGUUCUAUAAUCUAUUUUAAAUAUUAUACAAAAAACAUCUUAUGCAUGGCAGGCUACGCACCAUUAUUUAAAUAUACAAUAGAAUAUAGGUUUUACAAUAGAAUAGUCUCUGGCCACACAUAAGUUAAUUUUAAUAUAAGGUUUAAACUUAUUUUGUACAAAUAUAUAAUGUCCAAAUGUACAAAAAAUAUAUUGUACGAGGCCAGACACCGAGACCCAUUCCAAUUUUAGUAAAAAUUAAUAAUUUUGUACAAAUAUAUUAUUUAAAAAAAGUACAAAAAAUGCCUCAUGUGUGGUCAGAGUCUAUGGUAUGACCAAGAUAUUUUCAAAAAAGCCCUUCAGAUUGAAAAAAAUUAAUCAAAUGUUUAAUUUAAAAAAAAUUACAAAAAAUUAUGCGUAUUUUGUAUUGUGUUAUAUGAUAAUGUGUUAUAAGGCCAGAGGCUGCAUAUCACGGAGCAAUUUCCAAUUUUAGUACACAUUUAUAAUUUUGUACAAAUGUCUUAUUUAAAAAAACCGUAUUUUCGUCAAAUGCUAUUCAUCACCGAGAAAACCGUUUUUGAUCAAAGAAAAAUGUCUUAAUGAUGAGCGUAGUAAAUUGAUUUUAGUACAAGUUUCGUACAAAUAUUUUAUUUAAAAAGGUACAAAAAACGCCUUAUUUGUGGUCGGAGUCUAUGCGUGACCCAGAUAUUUUUAAAAAAGCUCUUCAUAUUGAAAGAACUUACCAAAAUUUGUAGUAAAAAAAAAAAAUUACAGAAAAUACAUUAUACAAAGCUAGAGACUGCAUAUCACCAAUAAAUUUCCAAUUUUAGUAAAAUUAUAUAAUUUGGUGCAAAUGUCUUAUUUAAAAAAUGUUUCAAAAUGACCGUAUUUCUGCCAAAUGCUAUUCAUUACCGAGAAAUUUCUAAUAGCUUCUUAAAAAAAAAUUGUUUUUGAUCAUAGGAAAAUUUCUUGAUGAUAAGCGUAGUAAAUUGAUUUUAGUACAAUUUUUUUUACUAGUUUCGUACAAAUAUUUCAUUUAAAAAAAAGUACAAAAAACGCCUUAUUUGUGGUCAGAGGUUAUGCAUGACCCAGAUAUUUUUAGAAAAGCUCUUCAUAUAGAAAAAAUUUGUCUAAUUUAAAAUAAUGUACAAAAAAUAUAUCAUAUAGAGCCAAAGGCUACGCAUCACCAAAAAAUCUCCUAUUUUAGUACAAAUUUAUAAUUUUUCACAAAUAUUUAAUUAAAAAAUUGUACUAACAAUAUCUUGUGCGUGGCCAGAAGCUACGCAUAACCAAAAAAUUUCAAAGAGCUGCAUUAUUGAAAUGUACAGGUUUGACAAUCUAAAUAUUUAUCGCAUCACCGAGAAAUUUCCAAAAACUUCUUUAAAAAUAUUUAAAAAUAUAUAUACACGUUCGAUUAUAGGAAAAUUUCUUAGUGAUAAGUAACCUCUGGCUACGCAUAACUUGCAGUUAGAACAAUUUUUUUUACUAAUUUUGUUCCAAUAUCUUAUUUCAAAAAUGUACAAAAAUGCCUUAAGUGUGGUCAGAGUUUUAAAAUUCAUUAUUUAAAUAUACAAUCUGUUUUUGAAGGCCCUGGCAUCUGUUUUUCUUUUAAAUAUACAAGUUUGAUAAUAGAAAAAAUAUAAGUGAUGCACAUAAGUUAAUUUUAAUGCUAAUUUAUAAAUUAUUUGUACAAAUAUCUAAUUUUAAAAAAUGUACAAGAAACACAUUAUACAUGGCCAGCGGCUAGGAAUUACCAAGACUAUUCCAAUUUUAGUACAAAUUUAUAAUUUUGUACAAAUUUCUUAUUUAAAAAAUGAUUUCUUAAAAAAAAUUGAUCAUAGAAAAUUUCUUAGUUAAUAAGGUUUUGGUCACGGAUAAAUUGAUUUUGAUGCAUAGUGUUUCUAGCCAAGCAUAAGUUGACUUUAGUACAAACAUAUAAAAUUUUGUACAAAUAUUUAAUUUGGAAAACAUACAAGAAACACCUUAGGUAUGGCCAGAGGGUAUCCAUUACCAAAAAAUUUUCAAGAGUUUCAGUUUUGUAAAUAUACAAGUUUGACAAUAGCAAAAAGUCUAAGUGAUGCGUAGUAAGUGUAAAAACUAGACAGUCUAUACAUCCUUCAUCUUUGAGGAUUUAAUUAAAAAAAGAUAAUAAAAUUUUGACUGAUAUCGUCCAAUACUGUCUCACUUCUAAUUAUUCUCAAAAACUUUAUUAUUUAAAUAAACAAGUUUGAUAACAGAACAAUUUUUACGCAUGCCUUGCAUUAGUUGAUUUUGGUACAACUUUAUGAAAUGUUUGUACAUAUAUUAAAUUUAUUCACAUCUUAUCUAAAAAAUGUGCAAAAAUCUUCUAUAAUGCAUUGCCAAGAAAUUCUAAGGAGAUUUUUGACAAGAGAAUUUAAUUUUACUGAUGCCCAGCUUUAUUAGAUUUUAGUACAAAUUUUUUAAAUGUUUUGUACAAAUAUCUAAUUUAAAAAACAUACAAAAAAUACCUUAUGUAUGGCCCUAGAAUACGCAUUAAAUAUUUUUGAAGACAAGGUUCUGCCAAUAACUAUCUAAGAAAAAUAAGUAAAGUACAGAAAAUAAACCAUAAUAUUACAAACUCAUUGAAGGCUUUGAACAUUUACUGAAUUAUAUUGAUUUAUUCUGAAAACUGUAACAGGUCGAUAUACAGGGUGUCCCAAAAUUAGUGGACGAAACGCGAACCCUGUAUUUUUUGGUCAAAAAUAACCUCACUUUUUCCUAUAAACAUAUAUCGGCAAACGCCCCCCAAGGGAGCUACGCCCCUUUUAAAGGGGGCACCUGAAGAUGGUUUUUUCUACUUAUUUUCGAAACGGGUAAAUAUAAAAAUUUUAAAUUUUGGUAUUCUCCCAAUUUUGAUAUGCUGAAUUUAGUUGUCAUUUCAUAAUUUUCAUUAUUUAGUCAGGUGCGUAUCAUUUAGGGGGUGAGCCUAAAAAAAUACCUAAGAAAAAAAUUGUAUGCAAAGUUUUUGUUUUUUUUUCUUUAAAUUUUAAAAAUUUGAAGCUUUUUACGUAAAAAAGUACCUCUUGGUCAAUAACUCUACGAGUUACCAUUUUCGAGGAAAACGCAUUUAAAAAUAACGCUGCAUAGUAUUAUUUUCACUACCAAUUUUUAUGAAAACUUAGUAGCAGGCUUUGGAAAAAUUGACACACUGCAUAAUGACAUUAACAUUUGUUGUAAUUGAUUAGUUGUCAUUUUGCAUUCAAAUUGUUAAUAUCUAUUUAACUAUGGAAGACUUUUCGACCCGUUAUUAAUUAUUAUCGUCGGAUCGCAUUAAAUUCAUUUCAAAAUACUCUAAUUACUAUUAUUAUUAUUAUUAUUAUUUACUUUAUUUACUUGGAUAAGUCUUAUCACAAACAUCAAACACCCCAAAACAAAUUCUUUUGACGACUAACUGGAAUGUUUAGUGGCUUACUAAGGUUUAGGCUUAUUUCGGAAUGAAUGACUAAGAUGUUAGGAUACCAUCCUUUCCAUUAUAAAAGGGUUCAGGAGUUAGAAGAAGAAGAUCUUCCAGCUCGAGUAGACUUUUGUCAUUGGAUUUUAAAUCACCCAAAUCUUCGUCAAAAAAUUUUGUGGUCAGAUGAGGCAACUUUUUCUAGGAGUAAGGGCUUUAACAGCCGUAAUACUCAUUUUUGGAGCAUCGAGAAUCCGAGAGUAGUUCGACGAACUAACUUUCAGCAUAGAUUUUCCUUUAACGUAUGGGUGGGUUUGAUAGGAGAUAAAUUGAUCGUCAUUAUUUAAAUUUUCUUCAAAACAAUCUCAGAGAUUUACUGGACGAUGUUCCCAUAGAAACUCGGCUGGAAAUGAUUUUUCAGCACGAUGGGGCACCAACUCACUACAGUCGACAGGUGAGAAACUGGCUGGACAAUAAUUUUACAGGCAGAUGGAUAGGCCGAGGUGGUCCAAUAAACUGGCCAAUAAACUGUCCAAUAAACUGUACGAUGGCCCGACCUUAAUCCUCUGGAUUAUUUUCUUUGGGGUAAUAUGUGCAAUAUUAUUUAUGCCACCGAAAUUGAUACUCCAGAAGAGCUUCAGAGGCGAAUUCUCGCAGCUGCAGGCCAAGAGACCGAUUUGAAAUUCUUAGAUCGACCCAAAACAUUCAAAAAAGAUCCAGGUUAUGCAUUCAGGAAAACGGAAACUUUUGCCUCAAAUAAAUUAGUAUUUUUAUCUGUUUGCAAUUUUAUUUGUCAAUUUACUUUUGAAGCGUGCUAUUGAGUUUUAAUAAAAAUUGUUAUUAAUAAUACUAUGCAGCGUUAUUUUUAAAUGCGUUUUUCUCGAAAAUGGUAAUUCCUAGCGGUAUUGACCAAGAGGUACUUUUUUACGUAAAAAGCUUUAAAUUUUUAAAAUUUAAAGAAACAAAAACAAAAACUUUGCAAACAAUUUUUUUUUAAGUAUUUUUUUAGGUUCACCCCCUAAAUGAUACGCACCUGACUAAAUAAUGACAAUUAUGAAAUGACAACUAAAUUCAGCAUAUCAAAAUUGGGAGAAUACCAAAAUUUAAAAUUUUUAUAUUUACCCGUUUCGAAAAUAAGUGGAAAAAACCAUCUUCAGGUGCCCCCUUUAAAAGGGGCGUAGCUCCCUUGGGGGGCGUUUGCCGAUAUAUGUUUAUAGGAAAAAGUGAGAUUAUUUUUGACCAAAGAAUACAUGGUUUGCGUUUCGUCCACUAAUUUUGGGACACCCUGUAUUUAAUAUAAUACUAUGUGUGAUAGAAUCAGAGGCCUUUGACAGGUCUAAAACUUUCAACAAAUCUUUUGUGAAGUUUCUUCUUAUUCUAGAUUUGUUUUUGUCCUUCUGCAAUUAUAUUUGUUUAAUAAAUAAAUAAUAUUUUAUAAGUUAUAUUAAAAUUUUUUAAUAAAUGAUUUGUUUAUUCAGUCUGUACUUGUCAUUAUACAGGUACAUAAUACUUCCAAGAAAUGAGCAUGUUAAGCAGGUGCUUUCGCUAGCAAUUAAAACGAAGUAAAUUUAUUGUGCCACGUUGUCUUUACAAAAUUGGGAUUUUUCCUUGUUCAAAUAGAAGCUCCGUUUACCUUUAAAAUACCUUUAAAGUAGAACAAUCAUACGCUUGUGAAAUAAAUUUUUAACAUAGAAACCCAACUACCCUUAAAUCUGUCUGAUUAUACAUUGGAGCAAUUUUCUAAUGAUACAGUGGGUCACCUGUAGAAUAACUUUUUCGAAAUUUUAAUUAUUUUCUUGAAGAAACUUGACAUUUUAAACAUAGUUUUUAAUAUAUUAAAUUGGGCAAAAAAUAUCUUGAUUUAACCCUUAAAAUCAUCUAAAGGGUUCAAAGGAACAUGAAUCAUGAGUGGCAGAAUGAGUGUGUGUAUUCGUCGGAAGUCUGGAUUUGCUGAUUGGAGUUCGUUUGAUAUAUUAGAUUUAUCACUUUAGGCCAAAAAGCCAUUCAAAAAAUACAAUUUAUUAAUGUCUUUGAUAUCAAAGGAUUUUAAAUUAAAUUUAGAUUCUUUCAAAAAAACUCCAAUAAAAUCACUUUUUAUUAUUAUAUUAUUAA